CAUUUAUUCCCAAUCGCAAAAGAGAGAACCAAAUCUCUGGCACUCGCUGACCCGUCUCGCUUGAGUCUGGCGCGUGCUAUCUCGCUUGCACUCACGUCACGUCUGCUAGCCAACCAUAUUGCCAUCCCGCUCGUUUCGGUGACAACGUGUCGGUGUGCGUGCGUCAGUGUGCCAGAGUGCAAGCGUGUGAGUGCGCUGUGUAUGUGCAACAAACAACGUCGGCCGCUAACAAAAAAAAAAUUUUUAUGUGCAAUGUUAGAGCGGCAAACGGCGGCAGUAGCAGCAGCAGCAACAACAUCAUCAACAUUAGCAUCAAUAACAACAACAGCAAACGCCAGCAACAAAAACAAAAACAACCGUAACACAACAAACCCAACAACAGCCAACAAUGUGAAUUGCUUCUUUUUUUUUGUAUUGUAAACGAAACCCGAAUCAAGUGCAGCAAAAUAAAAAGAAUACCAAAUAAUUUGUACACACGCAUAUAUAAUAAUAUAUAUAUUUAACGAGCGGAUUCGAAAAAAGCCGCCAAAAAACAAAUCACAGAAAAGAUGUAAGAUAGCGGAUAAAACGGCGGAUAGAAAAGGGAGAGACAGACGCCGAAGAGAGAGCCAAGCAAAACAACCGUUAUUUUUCGCUCAGUGGAGGCAGGCAGGCAACAAACAACAACAAACAAACAAACAUCAUUGCCGCCCAGCCAAGGUCAACUUUUGGUGUUUUUGGGGCCCAACAACACAAAAUGCACGCGUGUGUCUGCUGCUGUUCGACAAACAACAAUUGCAACAACAAGAUUAACAACAACAAAGACGGCAGCAGCGGCAACAACAACAACAAGAACAACACCAGCAGCGACAGUGGCAUCAACGAAUUGCAGCUAGAGAAGCACGAAGAAGAAGCGGUACAAGCCAAGCGGGAAGAGAGGAAGAGGCAGCAGCAGCGGGAAGAGGAGGAGGAGCAGCGGAAGCGGGAGCGGGAGGAGUUGUCAGCUGGCCAAAGAGCCAGUGGCGGCGACAACGACAACGAUCUCAACGGCGCCGCAACGAGGAGGCGGUGGUGGCGGCUGCGCGGUCCUUCAGGAUCAGCGGAAGCGCAAGUGGAAGGAGGAGCAGAGGGAGGCGCGGAAGGAGGAGAAUCUGAAGCGGCAACGACGACGACGACGUGGUGUCCACCACCAGGCGUCGUUGCGGUGACGAUAGCGCCGCCCACGUUGUUGCUGUCGUUGCAGCGCCAAUUGAUCAGCAGCAGGAAAACAGCAGCAACAGCAACAGCACCAUCAAAAUCCUUAGCAACAACCACCUCAGCAGCAGCAGCAACAACAACAACAUCAUCAACAACAACAACAAGAAAAGCAACAAAAGCAACCUCCUCCGUUGAUUGCAAAAUCCAAUACAAAUACCAAAACCAAAUCCCAAUCCUCGCCAGCCACGCCUUUUGAGUGCCUCUUUUUUCUCUGUGUGUGUGUUGUGUGUUGUAUGUGCGUUACGUGUGUUGCAAAGUGUCCAAAACAACAACAACAAAAAAAGAAGAAGAAGAAGAAAAAACAAAACAAAAAUCAAAUCUAACUAAAACCCUAAAACACUGAAACAAAAACCUUCUGGCAACCUGUGCAACAACUGUCAAAUCUGAAAGCCAACAAGCACAAGCUCCUGGAUAUAGAAAAUCAGUUAACAACGGGACUUCAACGUUGUCGGGACAAAUCAAGAGACAAACACAAACAACAAAAAAAAAAAAAAAAAAAAAAAAAAAAAUCAAAGAACUAAUUAAAGCACCCAAUUGAAAAGGAAAACCAACUCGAAAUAAACAAUCGGUGAACUGAGGAACGCUUUUCUCCCCCGAAAUAAUUUCCUUCGGUUAUCCAAACGUUCGUUUUCGGGACAACUUUUUUCGCUUUUCGUUUUCGUUCUGUGGAUUCGCGUGCGUCCACGACGGAACAAUCCAACUAACUCUAUAUGAUGGCCGAUCACUUA